UCAGCACGCCCGAAAACCUUGUACACCAAAUGGAAUAGCAGGCUAACCACAUUGAGGUUAGCUUCGUUCCCUUCCUUCGUUGCUUUGCUGAGAUGUCAACACAUAAGAAAAAGACCAGGAAGCUGCGUGGACACGUGAGCCAUGGCCACGGUCGCGUUGGCAAGCACAGAAAGCAUCCAGGUGGUCGUGGUAACGCUGGUGGUAUGCACCAUCACCGAAUCAACUUCGACAAAUACCAUCCUGGUUACUUCGGAAAGCUUGGCAUGAGGAAUUAUCACCAACGUCGUAACAAGAAAUGGUGCCCAACUAUAAAUUUAGAUAAAUUAUGGACGCUAGUUUCCGAACAGACAAGGCUAAAAUACAAAGAUGUUGAAGGCAAAGCACCCGUAAUUGAUCUCGUAAAAGCGGGAUAUUUCAAACUCCUGGGGAAAGGACGCCUUCCGAAGCAGCCUGUUAUUGUUAAGGCUAAAUUCUUCAGUAAACUGGCAGAAGAUAAAAUCAAGGCAGUUGGCGGCGCGUGUGUUUUGUGCGCGUAAUCAUUGAAAUAUCAAUCUCCGUAAAAUAUUUUGUAUUCGAACAUCGUGAAAUAAAAGAAAUAAUUUAUGGAGGAUGUAUUUUGAUGAGACGAUAAACAUUUUUUUUUUUUU